AUGGCUUCCCUCGCUGUUAUGGCGGCCUCGGCUGCUCAGGUUGAGCGAACGGACGAUCAAGACGGCCCGCUUCCAUCGGAUGCAAACCGAGAGGGAAGGCGAAGCUACGAUAUCUUUGAGAAAAGGCCAUCGAUCUUCGGCAGACGCAGCUCCUCACAUCGGCGGCCGUCUCAACCACGACGCGGGUCAAUCAUACUGGAGCGAACGCCAUCGGGACGAAAGAGGUUCUGGAAAUUCCGUCUUCGCGAGUGGGACGAGAACGACGAGGAGAACUGGUGGUUCGCCUCUACUGCUAUCCCGUUACUGGCGGCCACGCUCGGCCCCCUGGCGAACGUCUUGAGCAUUGCUGCUCUUGUCACUUACUGGCGGAUGUGUUUGUCACCGGAUGCCGAUAGCACCAAUGCAAGCCAAUGCCCGUAUAAUGGCGACCCCAGCUCAUUAGUCACCCAGCUCGCGGGUCAGACGUACCGCGAUCCGCGAUGGUGCUUCAACUUGAAUGUUGUAAGCCUUGUGGCAGGCUUUGUUGGCAACAUAUUCCUCCUCUUCAACUUCACCAACCGUAUUCGAUACAUCAUCGCGCUUCCGGUGACCAUCAUAAUGUGGUAUAUCGCAACCGGCAUCCUCAUUGCUCUCACUGUAAGCAUGGAAGUUUAUGUACCGCCUGUCCGACCGCAACAAACAUACACCCAGGGCUUCUGGUAUGCUGUCCUUGCCGCUUGUGUAUACAUGAUCUGCUCCAUGCUGCUCAUGAUCAACAUGUUAGGCUACUUUCUCGGCCACUACCCACAACGUUUCGCUCUUACGGAGUCGCAACGAACGCUUAUUUUGCAGACGAUGCUGUUCUUUGUCUGGCUAGCUGGGGGCGGUGCAGUGUUCUCUCGGGUGGAGAGUCUGUACGGCACUGGAGGUCAGGACUGGAGCUAUGUGAAUGCACUGUACUUUGCGGAUGUGUCUAUUUUGACUGUUGGCUUUGGCGACUUAUAUCCUACAUCAAAUGCCGGGAGAGGAUUAGUCUUUCCGUACAUCGUCGGUGGUAUCAUUAUGCUGGGUCUCAUGGUAUCUAGCAUCACCAAAUUUGCAUCCGAGCUCGGCUCAGAGAAGAUCAUUCGCCGUCACGCCGAACGCAAUAGGAUGCGAACGGUGUCGAGAACGGUAACCUCCUCGCUCGAGCUUUCAGAGCACCAACGACCAGUGCUUUCGGAUGGGAACAGACCAGUCAUAUCCGCUCCUAUUCCCGUACCGCUAGAGCCACGCCAGAAGACUAUACAAAUUGUGGAUGAUGCCGACGAUGCGAAACCGCCACGGCGCACGACCACUGGCUUCCAGAGCCUUCGUCGCGUGAUGUCGUUUAAUGCCCAGCCAGCUAGGACACGGCAGCCUCGUUUGAUCGUGCUGCGCAAGGAGAAAGACCGGUUCGAGGUCAUGAGGCAUAUACAGGAAGAAACCAACAAGUUCAAGCGCUGGUACGGGCUGGCGAUGUCCAUACUUGCUUUUGGCUUGCUGUGGUGCUGUGGAGCUGCCAUCUUUUGGGUGUGUGAGCGCUAUGUCCAGGGGAUGACAUACUUCGAAGCUUUGUACUUCUGCUACGUCAGUUUGCUGACCAUCGGUUACGGCGACCUCGCACCGAAGAGCAAUCCUGGAAGGCCUUUCUUCGUGUUCUGGUCGCUUAUUGCCGUACCAACUAUGACGAUUCUGGUGUCUGAUUUAGGGGAGACGGUCAUCGAGCGUUUCAAGCGCGGCACUUUCCAAAUUGCGGACUUGACGGUUCUUCCGAAACAGGGCGCAUGGCGUGAGAUUGUCGAGCGGUAUCCUUGGCUUCUUCGCUGGCUUCAGCAGCGGAAAGAGAGGAAGGAGAGAGAGCGACGGCUCAAGGAAGGCUUCCAGCUUGGACCAGACCCGGAAGAGGAGCCGCCUCCACCGACUCUGGACGAGCUGGCAAAGGAGGAGCCUUCCAACGACGAGCUCGCUCGAAAGUUGCCCGGUAUGAUCAGGAAGGUAGCGGACGAUAUGAAGGAUACACCGGGCAAAAGGUAUACUUACGAAGAGUGGGUAGAAUUCACUCAACUGAUCCGAUUCUCGGCUCAAAAGGAGGAAGAUAGAAUCACAGAUGAUGAAGAAUAUGGCUUGAUUGAGUGGGACUGGAUCGGCGAAGACGGCCCUCUAAUGUCGAAAUCGAGCGAAGCAGAGUUCGUGCUGGACCGGCUGUGUGAGAGUAUGAAGCGGUACAUCAAGCAAACCACCGUGCUGCCGCCGCGGCAGGAUGAUGAGCGCAAACCUUUGCCGUCCCCUCCUUGGCGGGCUGGAAGUGAAGGUGGAAGUCCGCGAACACGUUCGCCACGCGGAAAAGUUCGUCUGGAUGAGAGCGAGUCUGGCAGCUCGCGCACGCAGGUUCCAACGCAAGAUGAGCGGCAAGUUGAAGUCAGUGAUGAUAAUCGGACACGACCAGGACGGCUGGAUAAGUCCAGUAGUGUUGCCUAG